AUGGUGGUAAAAGAUAUCAGGACCAAAUACGAAAAUGCUGACUCUCCUGGACUUUGCAUUAAACGUGAUGGUACCAGAGAUCGCUGUAACAUUGAGAAUUUGUCUGUAGUGAUUAGACUUGUCCAGAACUCCAUCCCUGAAGAACACCUGAUUGGCUUAAUUAAACUGAAUCAGCUUGAUCCUGAAUAUAUUUGUAACCAAAUUCUGUCACAUUUCUCUGAGCUAGGUUACAGCCCAGACAAUUUAGUUUGUUUUGAUAGUACUUCUGUCAUGUCUGGGGCAAGGGGUGGUGUUACCAAAGUUGCUACAGAGAAAUGUAGCCACACCUGUCUGCUCGGAGUCCGUCACGUACAUUUAGUUGGAGUCGGACAGGACAGUACCAGUUCCUCGAUUGUCGGAGAAGCAAACCAGCAAUAUCUGAGAAAGAUGAGCACAUCAUUCACAACUGCUAAUCGGAUGCUUGUCAUCAACCAGGUCGUCCCUCAAAGUAUUUUGCAGGGUGCAAUUACCACAACUACGGUACCUGUGCAAGUUGCCACAGGAACUAACUUUUGUCCAGUGCCACAGAAAUUACAAAGGUUUCUCAAAGGUGAACCAAAGGCUUUAGGGGUGGUUCAGAUCAUGAUUGGAGUGAUUAACAUUGGCUUUGGGAUAGUCCUGGCAUUUUCUGGAUCACUCGCUGCAAUUUCGGGAAUUCCAUUUUGGGGAAGCAUAAUGUACAUUAUUUCUGGAAGUCUCUCUAUUUGUGGUGCCGAUACGAUUCAACCUUGUCAAGCUACACAAGGAAUAAAGGGUAUCCUGUUGAGUUUUACUAUUCUCGAGUUCUGGUUGAGCUUGUUCACAUCAAUCUAUGGCUGCAAAGCAACCUGUGGAAACCCAGACCAGCCUAUAAUUAUCAUCCAGCAGAAUGUCGACCCAUCAGAAAUUCCAGUGCAGAUCCCACAGUAUAAUGUUCCACUGCAGACUACUCCUAUCACACAGCCAUAUGAUCAGCCUCCAAAUAUGCCAUCUUACCCUCCUCCAUAUGCUAAGUAAAAGAGUGAUUCAGCUCUACAGCACAUGACAUUGACGAAAGUGACUGUGGAAAGGGUUUUGCCAUCAAAAUGCAAGACUCAGAUCUUUAUUUUUAUUAAUCAACAUUUAACUCAAAUAUCUUUUAUGUUUCU